AGCCGCCUCCCGGGCAGCAGCAGCAGCAGCAGCAGAGGCGGCGGCAGCAGCUCCGGGCCCGGCAGCCGCGGCGGCGGCGCUCCCCCCUCCCGGCCCCCAGUCCGGCCGCCCCGGCCUCGGUUCCCGCGGGGGACACCAUGUACUGGCUGGCGGCGCAGGGAGGCCGGCGCCCGGCGGGGAUGUUGGGUUAACGGCAUGGAGAACAGUCACCCCCCCCACCACCACCACCAGCAGCCCCCGCCGCAGCCCGGCCCUUCGGGCGAGAGGAGGAACCACCAUUGGAGAAGUUACAAGUUGAUGAUUGACCCGGCUUUGAAAAAGGGGCAUCAUAAACUGUACCGCUACGAUGGGCAGCAUUUCAGCCUGGCGAUGUCCAGCAACCGCCCGGUGGAAAUUGUCGAAGAUCCCCGGGUCGUCGGGAUCUGGACCAAAAACAAGGAGCUGGAGCUGUCGGUGCCCAAAUUCAAAAUCGAUGAGUUCUAUGUGGGCCCGGUGCCUCCGAAGCAGGUGACAUUUGCCAAGCUGAAUGAUAACAUCCGUGAAAACUUCCUGAGGGACAUGUGCAAGAAGUAUGGGGAGGUGGAGGAGGUGGAGAUUUUGUACAAUCCCAAGACCAAGAAGCACUUGGGCAUCGCCAAAGUGGUCUUUGCCACGGUCAGGGGAGCCAAGGAGGCGGUUCAGCACUUGCACAGCACUUCGGUCAUGGGCAAUAUCAUCCACGUGGAGCUGGACACCAAAGGGGAAACCCGCAUGCGGUUCUACGAACUGUUGGUCACGGGCCGAUACACACCCCAAACCCUCCCAGUGGGCGAGCUGGAUGCUGUCUCUCCAAUCGUGAAUGAGACCCUGCAGCUGUCAGAUGCCCUGAAGCGCCUCAAAGAUGGUGGCCUGUCUGCAGGCUGUGGCUCUGGCUCAUCCUCUGUCACCCCCAAUAGUGGUGGGACACCCUUCUCCCAGGACACUGCUUAUUCCAGCUGCCGCUUGGACACGCCCAACUCCUACGGACAGGGCACACCGCUCACGCCGCGCCUGGGCACCCCCUUCUCGCAGGACUCCAGCUACUCCAGCCGCCAGCCCACGCCCUCCUACCUCUUCAGCCAGGACCCCACAGCGACCUUCAAGGCUCGGCGCCACGAGAGCAAGUUCACGGACGCCUACAACCGCCGCCACGAGCAUCAUUAUGUCCACAACUCUUCUGCAGUCACCUCAGUGGCAGGGGCCACAGCCACCUUCAGGGGCUCCGUGGACCUCCCAUUCGGGGCAGUCAGCAGCAGUGGGGGCGGCAGUGGCCCUCCAUUCAAGGCCCAGCCACAGGAUUCAGCCACGUUUGCCCACACUCCACCGCCUACCCAAGCAGCCUCCGCUCCUGGAGUCACAUUCAAAUCAGCUUUCUCUCCAUAUCAGACUCCUGUACCCCCUUUCCCCCCGCCCCCUGAGGAGCCCGCUGCCGCAACCCCCUUUGGGGCCCGUGACAGUGGGGAGUUCCGGAGAGUACCUGUGCCCCCGCCCCUGCCGCCCACUGAGCCCCUGACAAAGGAGAAGCCAGGCACGCCACCUGGACCCCCGCCCCCUGAUGCCAACAGCAUGGAGCUGGGCGGCCGGCCGACCUUCGGCUGGAGCCCUGAGCCCUGUGACAGUCCUGGUACGCCCACGCUGGAGUCAUCGCCUGCAGGGCCCGAGAAGCCCCACGACAGCCUGGACUCACGGAUCGAGAUGCUGCUGAAGGAGCAGCGCACCAAGCUGCCCUUCCUUCGGGAGCAGGACUCAGACACCGAGCUGCAGAUGGAGGGCAGCCCUAUCUCCUCCUCCUCCUCCCAGCUCUCCCCACUGGCCCCCUUUGGCGCUAACUCUCAGCCUGGCUUUCGAGGCCCCACACCACCCUCCUCACGCCCAUCCAGCACCGGCCUGGAGGACAUCAGUCCCACACCACUGCCUGACUCGGAUGAGGAUGAUGAGCUUGACCUGGGCCUGGGGCCCCGGCCCCCACCCGAGCCAGGACCCCCAGACCCUACCGGUCUUCUGGGUCAGACAACUGAGGUGGCCUUGGACCUGGCUGGAGACAGGACCCCCACCUCAGAGAAGAUGGAUGAGGGGCAGCAGUCCUCGGGGGAGGACAUGGAGAUCUCAGAUGAUGAGAUGCCCUCGGCCCCCAUCACCAGCGCUGACUGCCCCAAGCCUAUGGUGGUGACCCCCGGGACGGGGGCUGUGGCAGCUCCCUCUGUGCUGGCCCCGACCUUGCCGUUGCCGCCGCCCCCUGGCUUCCCACCACUGCCCCCGCCCCCGCCGCCCCCCCCGCCCCAGCCUGGCUUCCCCAUGCCCCCUCCUCUGCCCCCGCCACCGCCCCCACCGCCCCCAGCCCACCCCGCUGUGACAGUGCCCCCGCCACCGCUGCCAGCACCACCGCCCGGUGUCCCACCCCCGCCCAUUCUGCCGCCGCUGCCGCCCUUCCCACCGGGGCUGUUUCCCGUGAUGCAGGUGGACAUGAGCCAUGUGCUGGGCGGCCAGUGGGGAGGCAUGCCCAUGUCCUUCCAGAUGCAAACGCAAAUGCUGAGCCGUCUGAUGACGGGCCAGGGCGCUUGCCCCUACCCGCCCUUCAUGGCCGCCGCAGCCGCAGCCGCCUCCGCCGGGCUGCAGUUCGUCAACCUGCCGCCCUACCGGGGCCCCUUCUCCCUUAGCAACACUGGCCCCGGCCGCGGGCAGCCCUGGCCACCCCUGCCCAAGUUUGACCCGUCAGUGCCGCCACCAGGCUACGUGCCACGCCAGGAGGACCCGCACAAGGCCACGGUGGACGGUGUCCUGCUGGUGGUGCUCAAAGAGCUCAAGGCCAUCAUGAAGCGGGACCUGAACCGCAAGAUGGUGGAGGUGGUGGCCUUCCGGGCCUUCGACGAGUGGUGGGACAAGAAGGAGCGGAUGGCCAAGGCCUCGCUGACCCCGGUGAAGUCCGGUGAGCACAAGGACGAGGACAGGCCGAAGCCCAAGGACCGCAUCGCCUCCUGCCUGCUGGAGUCGUGGGGCAAGGGCGAGGGCCUGGGCUACGAGGGCCUGGGCCUGAGCAUUGGGCUGCGCGGGGCCAUCCGUCUGCCCUCCUUCAAGGUCAAGAGGAAAGAGCCGCCGGACACCACCUCGUCUGGCGACCAGAAGCGGUUGCGACCCUCAGCCUCCGUGGAUGAGGAGGAUGAAGAGUCUGAGCGGGAGCGGGACCGCGACAUGGCGGAUGCCCCCUGUGAGCUCGCCAAGCGGGACCCCAAGGGCGUGGGUGUGCGGCGGCGGCCAGCCCGGCCCCUGGAGCUGGACAGUGGCGGGGAGGAGGACGAGAAGGAGUCGCUGUCGGUGUCCUCAUCGUCGUCGGCGUCCUCGUCCUCGGAGUCCUCGACAACCUCGCCCUCAUCCUCAGCCUCCGACAAGGAGGAGCGAGAAAGCGCGGAGGAGGAGGGGGAGGGGGAGGAGGAGGAGGGGGAGGAGGAGGAAGGCCCCAGGAGCCAGAUCUCCUCCUCCUCGACCUCAUCCCUGUCCGAUAAGGAUGACUAUGAUGAAGACAGUGACGACAGGGACGAGUCUGAGAAUGACGACGAGGACGCAGCCCUGUCGGAGAUGAGUGAGAAGGAAGAAGGGGACUCAGAUGGAGAGGAGACAGUGAGCAUCGCCACCUCCAAGGCUGGAGCUGAGUCCUCCAGUGAGAGCUCUGAGUCUUCUGACUUCGAAUCAAGCUCCGGGUCCUCCUCGUCACCUUCCGAAGAUGAAGAAGAACUGGCAGCAGGGGAGGAAGAUGAGGCGGAAGGGGAGGAGGCAGCUGCAGAAGAAAGCGUGGCUCCCGCUGCCCCUGACGAGGACUUUGAGGACGUGGCCACAGGAGCAUCCGCGACGGAGUCACUGGUCCCAGAAGAGGAGGUGGACAUCGAGGCUGAGGACGAAGCCUCCGAGGCACGGACCCCAAUACUGGAAGAGCCUCCCUUGCCUGUGGGUGUCGAGGAGCUGGCUGGCUGCAAGGAGCCCCCCGACGAGCCAGGCCUGAACCAGGAAGGGGCCAGGUUGCUGUCUCCAGAGCCCCCUGCUGGAGAGAUGGAGGCCCGGCCCCUGCCAUCCCCGGAGCCCACCCCAGAGAACAACCUGGAAGCGGAGCCUGCGCCCCCCGCGCUGCUGUCCUUACCCCUGCAGCCACCGUUGCCGCCCGCUCGACCACCCCGGCCACCCAGCCCACCACCAGAGCCCGAGACCCCAGACCUCCCGCUCCCAACAGUCCCUCUGGAGCCUCCCCAUGAGGACCAGCCCCCACGUACUCCAGGCCUCUGUGGCAGCUUGGCCAAGUCUCAGAGCGCAGAGGCCGUGCCGGCCACACCGAGUGGGGAGCCCCUGCCGUCGGGGGGCAGCAGUGGCCUGCCCCUGAGCUCCCCGCAGCUGCCAGGCAGCCCCUUCUCCUACCCAUCCCCAUCCCCCGGCUUGAGCAGCGGGGGCCUCCCGAGGACACCUGGCCGGGACUUCAGCUUCACACCCACCUUCCCUGAGCCUGGUGGGCCCCUGCUCCUGCCUGUCUGUCCCCUCCCAGCUGGCCGGCGUGAUGACCGGUCUGGCCCCCUGGCCUCCCCUGUGCUCUUGGAGACAGGCCUGCCGCUCCCUCUGCCCUUGCCCUUGCCCCUGCCCUUGGCAUUGCCCGUACCCGUCCUGCGGGCCCAGACUCGGGCCCCCACCCAGCUGCCACCCCUGCUGCCUGCUCCGCUGGCCCCCUGCCCACCCCCCAUCAAGAGGAAGCCGGGCCGGCCCCGGCGAUCCCCGCCGGCUGGGCUAUCCUUGGAUGGGCCCUUGGUCCGGCCGCCAGGAGGGCCCCCCCUGGGCAGGGACCUCCUGCUUCUGCCAGGCCAGCCACAGACCCCUGUCUUCCCCAGCACCCACGACCCCCGGACCGUGACCCUGGACUUCCGGAACGCGGGGAUCCCGGCUCCCCCCCCACCCUUGCCCCCCCAGCCUCCUCCGCCCCCACCUCCGCCACCUGUUGAGCCCACCAAGCUGCCCUUUAAGGAGCUAGAGAACCAGUGGCCCUCCGAGGCCAUCCCUCCGGGUCCCCGUGGGCGCGACGAGGUCACCGAGGAGUUCAUGGACCUGGCCAAGGUGCGGGGGCCCUGGCGCCGGCCACCGAAGAAGCGCCACGAGGACCUAGUGGCCUCAGCCUCCCCCGAGCUCUCACCGCCGCAGCCCCUCUUUCGGCCCCGCUCGGAAUUUGAGGAGAUGACCAUCCUGUAUGACAUUUGGAAUGGCGGCAUCGACGAGGAGGACAUCCGCUUCCUGUGUGUCACCUACGAGCGUCUGCUGCAGCAGGACAACGGCAUGGACUGGCUCAAUGACACGCUCUGGGUCUACCAUCCCUCCACCAGCCUCUCUUCAGCUAAGAAGAAGAAACGGGACGACGGCAUCCGGGAGCACGUGACAGGCUGUGCCCGCAGCGAGGGCUUCUACACCAUCGACAAGAAGGACAAGCUCAGAUACCUCAACAGCAGCCGCGCCAGCACCGACGAGCCCCCCACGGACACCCAGGGCAUGAGCAUCCCAGCGCAGCCUCACGCCUCCACACGGGCCGGCUCGGAGCGGCGUUCCGAGCAGCGCCGCCUGUUGUCCUCCUUCACUGGCAGCUGUGACAGUGACCUGCUCAAGUUCAACCAGCUCAAGUUCCGGAAGAAAAAGCUCAAAUUCUGCAAGAGUCACAUUCACGACUGGGGCCUGUUCGCCAUGGAGCCCAUUGCGGCCGACGAGAUGGUCAUCGAGUACGUGGGCCAGAACAUCCGCCAGGUGAUUGCGGACAUGCGGGAGAAACGUUACGAGGACGAGGGCAUCGGUAGCAGCUACAUGUUCCGGGUGGACCACGACACCAUCAUCGACGCCACCAAGUGCGGCAACUUCGCGCGUUUCAUCAACCACAGCUGCAACCCCAACUGCUAUGCCAAGGUCAUCACCGUGGAGUCGCAGAAGAAGAUCGUCAUCUACUCGAAGCAGCACAUCAAUGUCAACGAGGAGAUCACCUACGACUACAAGUUCCCCAUUGAGGACGUCAAGAUCCCCUGCCUCUGCGGCUCCGAGAACUGCCGGGGGACCCUCAACUAGGCCCGGUGCCUGGGGAUGUCAGCCGCCCCCGGCGCCCGAGCGUGGACCCCUGGCCCCGGGGCCAGACCCCACCUCCCACCCCCAUUUCAGGUGCUGUCCCUCUACCCAGCAGCCGUGCCAGGGCCUGGCGCCCCCAACACUACCCCCAGGACCCACCGCAGCUCCGGCCCCUCAGUGGGAAAGGGCUUCUCUGUCUCUCAGCUCAUGUCUCUUUCGUUUUUUUAAAGAAAUGCUCCUUUCGGGA